AUGGCGGACCGUGGGAGUCCGCCACCGGCUGUCCCGUCAACGGCUCCGAUUUCUUUCGGUUUCACUCGCACGUCUGUCCGGAGGCGGCUGACAGACCUCGGAGACGGCGAUGGACAGGCCCGAGAGGAGAAAGAUUUCUUGGCGACCGUGGAAGGGAGGGAGCUGCAGAGUGUGAACCCUCCAGAAGCCCCCAAGGAGCUGGUUAUCCCGUUGAUCCAGAAUGGCUCUCGAAGGCAACCACUGUCCAAGAACCCUAAGUCAUCCUCAGAAACUAGCACCGUGUUGAUGUCAGACGGUGUGUUGUGCCAGGCUGUGAAGGAACUCAUUGAGGAAUCCAAGAAGUCUCUGGAGGAGAGGGAGAAUGCAGGUGUUGACCCCACGCUCACUAUCCCCAUGAUCCAGAAAGGAUGUACUCCCAGUGGGGAAGAAACAGACAGCGAACCUCAGGCUGAGACAGUGCCAGAGGAAGCCAACUAUGAGGCAGUCCCUGUGGAGGCCUAUGGACUGGCCAUGUUGCGGGGCAUGGGAUGGAAACCUGGCAAGGGCAUCGGCAAUACUUUCAGUCAGGUAGUGAAGCCCAGAGUCAACUCUAUAAGACCAAAGGGCUUAGGGCUUGGUGCCAACCUGAUGGAGGCUCAGGCCUUGACCUCCACUGGCUCUCACCAGAGACCAGAUGGGGAUCGAGAGAAGGAUAAAGACCAACCUCAAGGGCUGAUGCAUGGAGGAGCUGUGGCUGUCCUUUCUGGCCAGUACCGGGGCCUCUAUGGGAAGGUAGAAGGCCUAGAUCCUGACAAUGUACGAGCCAUGGUUCGGCUGGCAGUAGGCAACCGCAUUGUGACUGUUAGUGAGUAUUGCCUGCGGCCUGUUUCCCAGCAGGAGUAUGAUAGCCACACUUUGAAGCCAGGCCAUGUGAGCAAAACUUCCACAGAGCAGCAGAACAGAGCAACUGGAACAGCCUCCUCAUUGAAGGCCUUACAGAAUCAGGAAGACUCAAAGAGGAGGCAGAAGGAUUCAGAGAAGCGGAAGCACUCUCCCCAACGACAGGAUAGACCUGUGCCCAAGAGGGAGAAAGCCUCUAGAAACAAGCACUGGUUGCACAGGGACCUACGUGUGCGGUUCAUUGACAAACUGCACAAGGGUGGCCGCUAUUAUAACACCAAGAUGAUAAUUGAAGAUGUCCUGAGCCCAGACACCUGUGUGUGUCGGACGGAUGAAGGCCGAGUUCUGGAAGGUCUGAGAGAAGACAUGCUGGAGACCCUGAUUCCCAAGGAAGAAGGCCACCGUGUGAUGGUGGUGCUGGGACCACAUGCUGGAAAGGUGGGACUUCUUCUGAGUCGGGACAGAGCGCAGAGUCACGCUUUGGUCCAGCUUGAGAGAGAGAAUCGGGUGGUGGAGCUCCACUAUGAUGCCAUCUGCCAGUACAUGGGCCCUGGUGACUCAGAUGAAGACUGAUACAUGGACCUGUCACUAUGUUUGUUGCAGUCUAUAACAGAUGCCAGGGAGAAGAUGGAAGAUAAUUGUUCUGUCCUCCUUUGAGAUGCAAGGAUGGGGAUGUGUCUAGAUAGAGCAAACUAUUUACCAAAAUGUGGAGUGUAAUAAAAACCAUUUUAAAUAGUGGAAGGAUGAAAUCAAAACCACUAUGUAAACUGUAAGUUUGGGUGGGAACUGAGAUAACUGAAAUGAAAAUCCUUCAUUUCUUAACCUCUUCCCUGCUGAGGGUUCAGGACAAGUUAAAUUACCCAUUGAAUACAUAGCUCACCCUUGAAACAUAAAAGCUCUGAAGUCUGUCCCCAGACAAACAUGAGAAUCUAAUAUGCUGCAUCUCCAAACAACUUCCUGAGUUUGGAUCUUGAAUGGCCUCUAAAGGCCCAUGUAUUUUUUAAAGUUUUAUUGUAUUUUGUUGUUGCUAUUGUUGUUGUGUUGUUGUUUUAUGUGUGUGUGAGAGAGAAAGAGUAUGUGAUUGUGAAUACAAAUACUUUCAGAGACUAUGAGUGUUGAGUUCCCCUGGAGUAAGUUACAAUUUCAAGCUGCCCUGCAUGGGUGCUAGGAACCAGACUUUUGAGACCUUUGGAAGUGCAGUAAGCACUCUUUCCCACUGAGCCACCUCUCCAGCUCAUAUGCCCAUAUGGUAAAGGAUUCUUGCUCAGGAUUGUGCUGCUAGCACAUACUUUUGACCUUUGAAAGAUAAAGGCCUGGCAUACCAUGACUUAGGUCAUGACUGAGAACCUCCAAAACAUACAAAUGAGCCCUUUUCUCCUUAUAAUUUAAUCAUGGCUGGUAGUUUGUCAGAGGAAGGGGAAACUAACUGCUGUUCCCAUUGACAACUCUAGUAUGGACAUCUGUUUCAUCCUUGACCCAGGGAAUACCUCCAGGAAUGUCCCUGAGCUGAUGAUGCACUGAAGAGAAAGGAGGACUUCUGCCCAUGAAUAGGAUGGGUUAAUCCCAAUUUCCAAAGGAGCUUUUAGUCUUAGAACAUUGCUUAGGUUAAAAGGUAUUUCUGACUCUACAGUUUCUCUGCUUGCCCUAGGUAAUUAUAUUCCUUAAAAGAAAAUAAAAGGGAUAUUGUUGAGAAUCCUGAACCUUUUUCCUGCUUAAUGGUUGCAGAAGAAAAGUCAGAGCCUUAAACACAAUUGUUUCUAAAUCAUCCCAUAUAUAUAGUAUUUGACUUAGAUCUGAUCUGGGCCACAGGUAAAAAUCCCUAACUUGUCAGCCCAUGGCACACACUAAAACGAAUCAGAACACCCAGAACAGAAUGAUCCUGGCAAAUGUGACUGGAGUGGGGCUCAGUGUUGCUGUAGCCCAUAUCUGUAAUCUAGCACUUGAGAAGCUGAGACAGGAAAAUUCCCAUGAGUUCCAGGACAGUCUGAAC